UUCUCGUUUCUGCGUAGUGUCCGUUCUCACUGGUAUUUACACCGAUAUCGCCUUGCGCCGUAUAAAACACGUAAGGUGACUCAGUAGCGCUUAUUUUGUUCUCAACUUUUGCGUGAGAGCCAUCUAGUGACAGGCGUUUCAAACUCACGCAAGUGGUUAGUGUAACUGUGAAGUGUUUUGGAAAUCUUCGUUUUUAAAAUGCCUGGACGUCCUAUUUGGCAGUGCGCUGGCAAGCGUGAACCCGAAAAAGAACAAGAAGCACAGAGAUGGAUUGAAGCUGUUACGGGAGAAAAGUUUCCUUCAGACGUUCCUUAUGAGUUAGCACUUAGGAACGGAAUCAUCCUUUGCAAGCUAAUGAACAGACUACAGCCAGGCAUCAUCCCCAAGGUUAACGUUUCCGGCGGAGAUUAUAAAUUUAUGGAUAAUAUUAGCCAGUUCCAAAAUGCUUGCAUCAAAUACGGAGUUCCUGACGUGGACCUAUUCCAAUCUACCGAUUUGUGGGACCAGAAAAACAUUGCUCUCGUCACGCAGACAAUCUUUGCUCUUGGCAGAACGACGCACAAACAUCCAGAAUGGCGUGGUCCCGGUCUUGGUCCAAAACCCGCUGAGGAAAACCGACGUGAGUUUAGCGAAGACGUUCUUCGUGCUGGUGAGGCGGUAAUUGGUCUUCAAGCUGGUACAAACAAACUGGCCUCACAAUCUGGACAAAACUUCGGCGCUUCACGCAAAAUCAUUCUCGGCAAGUGAAGUACUAGGAGACAAGGCGGUUGAAGAACCUUAAACGUAUUUAUAACUUUAGGUCUUAAAUAAUAACUAUAGUCUAUUGCAUAUUUUUAUAAAUGGUAUAAAACAUUUACCAAAGAUUAUUAAGAUUAUUAAAUUUUAUUUAUGUAAGUAUAAUUAUAUUUAAAGUUCUUUAAGUUAAGUACGUAACCGAAAAAACAAACCAAAAAUGUAGUCACUAAAAAAAUUUGAAUAACAAACUUUUUUAAACCUUGCUAAAUACACCUAGUAUUUCGUAUUUCAUACUUUUGUAAAAUAUUUAACUUUAAGAUAUUAACUAAAAACUCGAAUGAAAAACAGUUGAUGCUUAAGUCUUAACUCAAUAUUAAAUGUGAUCUCUAAAAAAAAUAGUUAAAAUCAAGUUAAGAACUGUUAGUUGUGAAAAAUUAUUAAUAAUUUAUAAUACUGUCAUCGAUAAACUUAUUUUAGAAAUACUGUAUAUAUCUAUAUUAAAAAGGCAUGUUAUGAAAUUUUUAAAUAAAAGAUUUAAGAAACCUACAA